AUGAACCCCUACGCCUACGCCCCGAACCCACACCAGUACGCGCAGAACGCCUACAACCUCAUGCUCCCGCACCUCUUCCUCCAGAACCAGGCCGCCCUCGCCGCAGCCUACCAGCAGCAGCACCUGCAGCAGCAGUACCACCAGCGCCCGCUCCUCCCCUCCCCCGGCUACGCCCAAACCCCCACCGCUAACGCCCAGCACCGCCCCUCAAAGCCCGCGCCACAGCCCGACUCGCCAGCCUCGGCUCCGCCGCCGCCGCCGCAGCCGCGCAACCAGCGCGCGGUGCUCGAGAAGGCGCAGGCGGCGGCGAGGAAGGCGCGGGACGACCUGGCGCGGUCCGGGCAGGCCGUCACGGGCUGGAAGGUCGCCCAGGCCGCGCUGCUCGCGCUCAAGGCCGACUCCUGGGGAGCCCUCGGCGUCCAGCUCCACGACGUGCCCGUCCUGCGCGACCUCUUCCUCAUCGAGGGCAAGGUGAACACAUUCAUCCAUUGUUAUGUUGCAGCAAGAAAAAUUGUGUCUAUUCAUGACCUGGAGGUUGAGAUAUGCAAGAACGAGGGCGUUGGGCAGUUCGAAGAGCUGGGGCUGGGGCCUUUUCUUCAUCACCCACUUGUUGCACAUUAUUUUUUGGUACCUGCUGAUUUGUCCAAGGUGCCUAAGCUUAGUAGCGAGGAUAUUAUCAAUUGCCUACAGAAUUUUAUUGAUAAUUCUAAGGAGAAAGUCACAGCGGAAAGCUUCUUGGAUUAUCUUGCGGAACAAAAGUCAGUCUCUGGGAAGGAGAAACUUGGCGUGCGUGUACAAAGCUUGGGGUUGCACAUUUCCUUCCUCCGACAGGCCAGAAGAAAUGAAAUUGCUGCUAUUAAACUUCUAGGCAAGAUCAGUGGUUCUGGUGAUAGCACUGGUGAGAAGGAUCUACCAAAACAGACAGAUUUUCAUUCGGGGAAGCAGGUGUUGAACAUGAGGUUCGAUGCUAUAACUAGUCGUAUAAAGCAAUUACCAGGCAUCAAUAAGCAUAUUCAUUUUGAUUCAAGCGAUGAUGAAGUUGCUGGCGAUACUAGUUCGGAGGGCGAUGCAGUUGAUCAGAGUGAGAGUGAUGAUAGCUGUCAUAUUGUUGGUAGCAAGGGUGCUGAUAAGCGUGUUAGUAAGUGCCCAUAUCCUUCGACAUCAGAAGAAAUUCAACGUCUUGGUUUGAAAUCUGAACCGAAUAAAAAGUCAGCUAUAGAGAGCAGCAAGGUAAAAGCGAGUGAAAAUAGCACUUGUAAGAAGGAUCUACGAAAACAUACACAUUUUCAUUCGGGAAAGAAACGGAAAUAUCAGGAAAAUGGGACUCCUAGCUCUUCAUGCAAACAGCCUACAAAGCGCCAAAAGAUGCAAAUGCAAAAGAAAGAAGUAUCGCCUAAUUGCUUCCUAAGUACAGGUAAGCUGGAGAAAUUCAUAACAACCUGGAAAGAAGCAUGCCGUGAACAUCCAGUUCAACAGGUUUUGGAAUUGGUAGCAAAUUACUAUGCAGAAACACCACAAGAAAAGAGGAACUUAAUAAAGUUUUUCUCGAAAUACCCGGGCAUUGGUUUCCUGAAUGUUGCAGUUAGAUCUAUGGGUUGUGGUCUGCUGGAUAGUAUUUAUGAUGCGAUCCAUGUCUUUAAUGAGAAUAAAUUGUCAUCAAGUCCUAUUCCUAAUACCACAACGGAGGUUAUGGAAAUCGAGCUCCCGAGUAAAGAAAAUGCUAAAAGCAUUGCUAAAGGAUCCAAUGAUAGCAAUGAGCCCGGACCCAAUGCCACAACUGAUGAUGUUGUCAGGAGAAUUAUUGAAUAUUUUGAGUCCAACUGUGGAGUAUCUGGAGCUGGAGCUUUGCAGGUGGAAAAUAUGAUAUUCCUGAAGACACUUCAUGAUUGUGAAACAUGUGUAACUAAUCAAUUUUCUGCCAAGCAUUUCACUUCUCUUGGCCAUGGGACUUUCCUUGAGUUUUUGGAAAAAUAUGGUCAUCACUUCCCCCCUAAGUUGAGUAGUUUCUUGAAGGGGGGAAUUUCUGGUUCUUCGUCCCUGGAAGUUUCUAUACUGCGACAACAGAUUGAAGUUUUACUCUCCCAAGCCGAGGGCAACUGGCUAGAAGAUGGAGACUUUUCAGGGGAUAGUUUCCUUAUGCUUCUCAAAAGGCAGUUCCCAACAAUUAGUUUUGAUACGGCACGAUACAAGUCUGACGAAAGACUUGUUGGUUCUGUAGAGAGGCAGAGAAAGAGCAUACAAACAAAUAAUGUCACGUUUUCUAUCUCGCUGUUGGAGAAACGGUGGUCUGGAAUGUCUACAGGUGAGCAUGAUACUGCUAGUGGGAAGAGGGACAAUGCUGUUGAACAAUCUUAUAAUUCUGGAACAGUUUCUUCACGAGAAGCAGUUAAGUGUUUACUUAAGGCUCCAAUGCUGUCAGAUCUGCUUCUUUGGUCACAUUGGGAUAUGUUGUUUGCUCCUUCACUGGGCUCCUUUAUACACUGGCUGCUGAAUACAGGUCCAGUUCAACAGCUAGCUUGCAUUGUGACCACGGAUGGUAAGUUUAUCAGAGUAGAUCCAUCAGCUACUGUAGACCAAUUUUUAGAAGCCAUUAUUCAAUGCUCACCAUUUCAAGUGGCAGUGAAGCUGCUUUCCUUGCUGCACAUUUACAAUGGUUCUACGAACACUCCAAUUUCAUUACUGAAGUGUUAUGCACAACGAGCAAUAGGUAUCAUAAUCAACAACAACAAUGAUCCAGUGAACACUAAUUCUGAACGCAAAUCUGUGACUGAGGGAUCCUAUAAUCUAAGUGCUGAACAACGUGACCGCUCUACUCAUUUUGUUGGCCAUGUUCAACAAAGGUCUCAGUCGUCUUCUGCAAGAAAUGUCAUGCCUGAUAUAUUAACAAACAUUGACAGCACUAUUCAUUUUGUUGCCAAAUUUGUUCUUGAUUGUCUUGGUCAUCUACCUUCUGAAUUCCGGAAUCUUGCAGCAGAUAUACUUUUGUCUGGACUUCGAGCAGUUACCAAAAAUUGCUAUUCAACAAUCUUACAUGAAGCCACAGAAACUUGGCAGCUUUGCAUGCUUCAUGAUAUUGGGUUGUCACUUGGAAUUGCUGAGUGGGUUGAAGAUUAUCAUGGAUUCUGUUUAACUGAAGAAGUUCACACAAAGACAGAAACAAAUUCUUCUUCAGGGCAUACAUCAGCUGCAUCUGAAGUACCUACACUUGAAAGCUCUCUCAUGCUUAUUCCUCACGAUGUUGAUAUGAUGAAUGAUAAUAACAAAUCAUUUACUGGGGAAAAGAAUCAACUCAGUUCUAUGAAUAACAAAAACCAAAACAUAUUAAAUCCUACUGAAUCCAAGGCAGAAACUGCAAUGCAUAUGAACCAAUCACUCAUGAUGGGAGAACCGAAUCUCGAGGAAGCAGCUCUAGUUAUUGAGACUAUACGACGUGAUGAGUUUGGUUUGGAUCAGGCUCUAAGUUGCACAGAGAAUAGUUUGUUGAAGAAGCAGCAUGCUCGACUUGGUCGGGCACUGCAUUGUCUUUCACAAGAGUUAUACUCGCAGGAUUCUCAUCUACUUCUUGAGCUGGUACAAAAUGCUGAUGAUAAUACUUAUCUUGAGGAUGUCGAACCCACAUUAGCAUUCGUUCUUCAGGAGAAUGGUAUCAUUGUUCUCAAUAACGAGAGGGGCUUCUCUGCUGAGAACAUUAGAGCUCUUUGUGACAUUGGUAAUUCAACAAAGAAAGGAGCCAAUAGGGGUUAUAUUGGAAAUAAGGGCAUUGGAUUCAAAUCAGUAUUUCGGGUAACUGAUGCUCCAGAGAUCCAUUCAAAUGGUUUCCAUGUGAAAUUUGACAUAACAGAAGGCCAGAUUGGUUUUGUAUUGCCAACUGCAGUUCCACCCUACAGCACCAGUUCUUUGAGUAGUAUGCUAUCUGUUGAAGAUGACAAGAGUGCUUGUUCCCACUGGAACACUUGCAUUUUACUCCCCUUUAGAUCUAAAUUCAGGGAUGGCACCGGCAUGUGCUCCAUUGCGUCCAUGUUUUCAGAUCUCCACCCAUCUCUUCUUCUAUUCCUUCACCGACUAAAUUGUAUCAAGUUUAAGAAUGUGGUAAAUGACACACUGCUGGUUAUGAGAAGGAAGGCUCUUGGUGAUGGCAUUGUGAGGAUCUCACAUGGAAAUGAGAUAAUGAGUUGGUUGGUAGUUAGUAAGAAGUUACAGGGCACACUUGUACGCCAUGAUGUGCACACUACAGAGAUUGCUUUGGCAUUUACCUUGCAGGAGAAUGAGAAAGGAGAGUAUGAACCUUACUUGAAGCAACAACCUGUGUUUGCUUUUCUACCCCUAAGGAACUAUGGUCUUAAAUUCAUUCUUCAAGGGGAUUUUGUUUUACCUUCUUCCAGGGAGGAAGUGGAUGCAGAUAAUGCAUGGAACCAGUGGUUGUUGUCGGAAUUCCCCACUUUAUUUAUCAGCGCGCAAGAAUCCUUUUGUUCUCUUUCCUGCUUCCAGAGCUGUCCUGGGAAGGCUGUUACAGCCUUCAUGAGUUUUGUUCCUCUGGUAGGAGAAGUUCAUGGAUUCUUUUGCAAGCUCCCUCACUUAAUCCUUUCCAAGUUACGUCUUACCCGGUGCAUGGUUUUGGAAGGUUCUAAUUCGCAAUGGGUCUACCCAUGCAAUACACUCAGGGGUUGGGAUGAACAAACAAAAGUGCUGUUUUCUGAUGACUUGCUUCAGCAGCAUCUUGGUCUUGGAUAUCUGUCGAAAGAUAUCAUCAUACCUGAUACAUUAUCAAGGGCCCUAGGUAUUCACGACUAUGGAGCAAAUGUUUUUAUUGAUAUGGUAUCAUCAAUUUGCCGAACUGAGGGUUGUAUUGAGUCCCUGGGGAUGGAAUGGCUGUGUGCUUGGUUUGUUAAUCUUCAUUUGAUGUUGUUGUCGCAUUCUUCUCAAAAUAAUCCCUCGGCAACAAGUCUCGAAGGUGAUCUUUUAUUUGCUCUCAGGAAAUUACCAUGUGUUCCUCUGUCAGAUGGUUCAUUUAGCUCUGUGGCAGAUGGCCCUAUAUGGUUGCCUCAUGAUAUUUUCAAUUCUACAUCUGACUGUGAAAGUAGCAUGAAUGAUUUCCCAAUUCUGUAUAGCAAUCUUCGAAUUGUAAGUCCACACCUUCUUUCUGUGUCCUGCAAAAACAAGUACCUCAUGGAAGAAAUGAGAGCAAAUGAUCUGAUGGACAUUCUUUUGAAAAUCGGGGUGCGGAAGUUGUCUGGACAUGAAAUUGUCAAAAAUCAUAUCCUCAUGUCCUUGCCAAAUGGUAGAGAUACUAAGAAGGCCGAUAAGAUGAUGAUAAUAGAGUAUGUGAGUUUUGUUAUGCUUCAUCUUCAGUCUCCAUGUACGAGCUGUAGUUUUGAAAAAGAGGAAAUAGUAUCAGAACUACGGACUAGACCUAUCUUGCUUACAAACCAUGGUUACAAGUGCCCAGCUGAUGAACCCAUUCACUUCAGUAAAGAGUAUGGAAAUUCUGUGGACAUAGGCAAGCUACUUCAGAAUGUUGAAAUUAGAUGGAUUGAACUUGAUAGUUGUUACUUGAUGAAUCAUGGUUCAGAUUUGUUGCCAUCUGUGCUUAAGAGGUGGAGGCAAUUUUUUGAAGAUAUGGGUGUGACUGACUUUGUGCAAGUAGUGAAAGUUGAGAAAAACAUAUCCCAAGUUGAUUCUUUGAUAGCAGAAAGAAUUUCAAAAGGUGAUAUUUCUGUAACAUCUUUUAGAGUGGAUGAUUGGGAGUCUCCAGAACUGGCUAACAUUUUAUCAAUAUUUUCUUCAAAUAAAUGCCGAGAAAAUUGCAUAUAUCUUCUGGAGGUUCUUGACAGCUUCUGGGAUGAUUAUUAUAGUGCAAAAGCUUGGUGUCUCAGAAACAGUGAAAACAAAACAGUUGAGUCAUCCCUGAUGAAAUGUAUCCGAAGCUUCAGAUGGAUAGCGUCAACUGUUGAUGAUGACCUUCAUUAUGCAACAGAUUUGUUUUAUGAUUCUGAGAACGUGCGUUCCCUUCUUGGUAGUGUGGCCCCAUAUGCUUUGCCUCAGGUAUCAAGCAGAUCACUAAAAAAGGACAUUGGGUUCAAAACCAACGUAUCUUACAGUGAUACUUUGAUGAUCCUGAACUUAUGGGUAGCAUCACAAGUUCCUUUUAGUGCAAGUGUGGACCAGAUGUGCAAAUUCUAUACCUUCGUGUCAGAAGGUGCAGCCAAUGCAAAGAUUGACAUCAAACGGGAGUUCAUGUCACGCUCUAUAUUUACACCACUACUCCGCCCUCGAUCUACUGAGGCCGUCCCUGGUAAAUUUUUACCCCCCAAAGACCUCUAUUGGCAUGACCCAACAGGUUGUUUUGAAACAACAGAGGGAUUUGUUUUGGUAAAGAAGGGAAUGUUCCCGAGAAGGAUGCUGUGCUCAGCCUAUCCAAGCCUUUGUGAAUUCUUUACUGAGGCAUGUGGUGUACCAAAAGAGCCAACAAUAUCCGAUUAUGUAGAGAUGCUUUUGCGGCUAUCAAAUGUUGCGCUGCCUUCACAAGUAGCCCAUCAGGUCUUCCGUGUAUUUGUGAGAUUGGCUACUGAUCUCCAGUCUGUGAGUGGCAAGAUAACCGAUAUAGUUUACUUGAAAGAUUCUCUUCAAAAGUUAGAGACGACGAUAUUGCCAACCGUAGUUGAUAAAUGGGUCUCUCUCCAUCCAUCUUUUGGCCUUGUUUGCUGGUUAGAUGACAACGAGUUGAAGCAGCACUUUAAGGACUGCAGUGGUGUUGACUUCAUACAAUUUGGUGAACUUUCUUCUGAGGACACACAAAUGCUGCAUGGGAGUGUUGCUGCAUUGAUGAAAGGCCUUGGUAUCCCAGCACUUUCUAAGGUUGUGUAUCGUGAAGCAAUAUUCUAUGGCAUGGCUGACAACAGGGAAAAGGCUACUUUGAUUUGUGGACUUUUACCAUAUAUACAACGUUACAUCUAUAAGAUGCAUAAAGAUGCUUAUAGCAGUUUUCAGCAAAGUGAGAUUACGAAGCUGAGCAAUCUUCAGAUUAUUGUUGUUGAAAAGUUGUUCCACAAGUAUAUGCUCAAAGGGCAUGAGAGUUCUUCUAAGAGAAGAUUCAAAUGCCAUUGUCUUUUGCAGGGAAAUAUUCUGUAUGCUACAAAAGAAGCUGAUUCACAUUCAUUGUUUCUGGAAAUAUCUAGACUUUUCUUUGAUGGAUCCUCUGAUUUGCACUUCGCGAAUUUUCUGCACAUGGUUAAAACCAUGGCAGAAUCUGGUACCCCAGCUGAAAAAGUUGAGUCUUUUAUUGUUGAUAAUCAGAAUGUGCCUGCAUUGCCUGAACAGGAAGCAGUUUGGUCCUUGUCUUGCUCGUUUGUAGACCAAGAUGUUGGUUCCGAACCGGUUGAAUCCUCAUCUGCCAGUGAUUUCAAUAUUCCCAAGCAUCAGAGGUCAGACGGAACUGUUUCAAGUUGGCCACCUAACAAUUGGAGAACAGCCCCUGAUUUGAUAACAUCUCAGAGAAGGCAGCAUCAACCCCUGGGUGAGCCAAAGGUGAAUCUUGUUGAGUGCGUAGAUACAAAAGAUAAUUGGUUUCGUGUUGAGCUCGAAGAGGAUUGGGUUAUAACCGGGGAUACAAGGGUAGAAAAUACAUUAAACGCAGAAAGUUCAGUGGCGACCUUGGAUGAGCCUCAGAUGAUGAUGUCCAUUAACUCAGACAGUGCACCUGCUUAUAUAGACUUGUUGACUAGUUCAGCCAGCGAAAUUGUUGAUACUGAGGUAAUAAACUUCAAAGAUAAAAUGCCCAAUGCUUCAGAAGGUAGUACAGGGGCCCCAGAUGCAUCCUCGUUACUAGGAGCCGGCCCGGUUGGUGAAGAUGCUUCAGAAGGUAGGGUUAGGCUCCGUACGGGGGCUCCAGAUGCAUCCCAGUUACUAAGAACCGGCAGGGUUGGUGAAGCUGUGGUCUACAGACAUUUUGUUGAUCUGCUAGGGCCGACUAAUGUGAGGUGGGUGAAUGGAGAAACUGAGUCCGGACUGCCUUACGAUCUCGUCAUCACCCGCGGAGGUAAUUUGAUAGAGUAUGUGGAGGUGAAGGCAACUACAUCGUCGAACAAAGACUGGUUCUACAUCACGACGAGAGAAUGGCAGUUUGCGUUGGAGAAGGGGGAUGCGUUUACUAUUGCCCGUGUCCUUGUGUCGGGCAAGAAUACAGCAUAUAUUGAACUGUUCAGGAAUCCGCACAAGCUUUGUAAGAAUAAAACGUUGCAUCUAGCUCUCUUGAUCGCUCCAGGACAGGGCAGACUUCAGCAGCAAACACCGACUCCAUCUUACGAUAAGCCUUUUGACCCUCUAUAGAUAGGAGACACAGAUGAGGAAGACUAGAUCCAGCCUUCCUUUGAUCUAGUUCUGGGUCUUAUCACAUGACACAUAUCGAGCUCUCACCAUUGACUUGUAACUGGUUGUAACAGUGACCACAUAUUCAGUAGGCGACCAUUUUUCUAUUACCUAGUCGUUAUGGUUGGUUGUAACCAAGGGUUUAAAAACAAAACAAAAAUUAGAACAAUAGGUAGAUGU